AUGAGAGCAUCAGCUGUUCCGGACGACUGUGUGAUCAUGCCCUCCGUAGCUGACACUUUAAACAGGUCAACAUUCACAAGGCCGCGGGGCCAGACGGAUUACCAGGACGUGUACUCUGAGCAUGUGCUGACCAACUGGCAGAGGCACUUUAGCACCUUCGGCAACCUAUCCACACCCGCUGCCAUCAUGGGUAACCCCGCCGUGGCCAAGCACCGAAAGACCGUGAUGCACGGACUGGACAUAGCUGUGCAGAACCUGGAUGACAUCAAGAACACUUAUACUGCACUGAGUGUGAUGCACUCCGAGAAACUGCACGUGUAUCCCGAGAACUUCAAGCUCCUCGCCGACUGCAUCACCGUGUGCGUGGCCGCCAAGCUCGGUCCCGCCGUUUUCAGUGCUGAUAUUCAGGAAGCCUUCCAGAAGUUCCUGGCUGUCGUUGUGUCCGCUCUUGGCAGACAGUACCACUAG